CAUAUCAUCAUUUUAUUUGCCACUUGUUUCAUUUACACAUUCGGUAUAACCUCAACGCUGAAACCAACAGACCUGAAAAGAACAGAAAGAAACCAAUCAGUGGACAUGUCAGAUAAUAGAAAUAACAGUAGCUUCCAAUCUGUGAUUGAAGCUUCAUAUGGCACCUACGAAGUCAUCACAUUGAUAGUUAAACUCACUUGCUUUCCGAAACGACUUCACUCCGCAAAGAGAGUCGACUCAUAUAGAAGGUACUUUGAAUGGUUUGGAGACACUUUUCCACCCAGUCACCUGUAAAACACAGGAAGCACUUGGGGGAAAUGUUGCAUUUUCUUGAAAUUACUCCAUUACACUGCAUCAAAUUUGUUUUAUUUGGGUGAUCACCACAAACAAGCAUCAACACUGCAGGGCCAAUCGCUACGUGAUGUGUGUUGUAGGGCCAAUUGUCAAGCAAUGAUCUGAAACAGAGAGCAAAGCGCACGUUAGCAGGGUGAUCACACAAGUUCGUUAGAUGCUGUCUCCUGGACAGGAGAAGUGCUCUUGGAAGCCUCAGUGAGUCGAGACUUAGACGAAGAAAGGUCUUUCGUUGGCAGGCUUUCCAGUAGACGUGUUUUCCGCUUCUUCCAUGGAUGCCGGAGUAUGCAGCCCUUUUACAGAGGUCGAAGAAGUUGUUUUCAGCAAGUUCCUGCAAGGUGUCGACUUCCGUUACAGGAAAGACUUCAUCUUGCAUACUCCGGCAUCCAUGGAAGAAGCGGAAAACAGGGCAAGUCUACUGGAAAGCCUGCAAACGAAAGACCUUUCUUCGUCUAAGUCUCGACUCACUGAGGCUUCCAAGAGCACUUCUCCUGUCCAGGAGACAGCAUCUAACGAACUUGUGUGAUCACCCUGCUAACGUGCGCUUUGCUCUCUGUUUCAGAUCAUUGCUUGACAAUUGGCCCUACAACACACAUCACGUAGCGAUUGGCCCUACAGUGUUGAUGCUUGUUUGUGGUGAUCACCCAAAUAAAACAAAUUUGAUGCAGUGUAAUGGAGUAAUUUCAAGAAAAUGCAACAUUUCCCCCAAGUGCUUCCUGUGUUUUACAGGUGACUGGGUGGAAAAGUGUCUCCAAACCAUUCAAAGUACCUUCUAUAUGAGUCGACUCUCUUUGCGGAGUGAAGUCGUUUCGGAAACCAAGUGAGUUUAACUAUCAAUGUGAUGACUUCGUAGGUGCCAUAUGAAGCUUCAAUCACAGAUUGGAAGCUACUGUUAUUUCUAUUAUCUGACAUGUCCACUGAUUGGUUUCUUUCUGUUCUUUUCAGGUCUGUUGGUUUCAGCGUUGAGGUUAUACCGAAUGUGUAAAUGAAACAAGUGGCAAAUAAAAUGAUGAUAUGUUUAUAA